GAGGCGGAGGAGGAGGAGCAGGGGGAGGCGCGGGAUAAAGGAGCGCUCGCUGCUCCCGCUCGCUCUCCGGCGGGGCUGAGGGAGGCAUCAUGGCCGCGAAGUCGGACGGGCGGCGGAAGAUGAAGAAGGGCGGCGAGGUGGCGUUCACGCCGCUGCAGAACUCCGAGCACUCGGGCUCCGUGCAGGCGCUGGCCCCGGGGCUGCCCGCCGGCGCCGGGCCGGGCGGCGGCAGCGACGACGACGAGGCUCCCGGGGGCGGGUGCUGCAGCGGCGGCGGCGGCGGCGGGGACGGCUCGGGCGGCGGCUCCCGCUGCUGCUGCUGCUGCUGCUGCUGCUGCUGCGGCGGCGGCGGCAGAGGAGGAGACGGCGGCGGGGGCGGCGGCGGGGGCUCCCGGGGCUCGGGCGGGGGCUCGUCCUCCUUGUGCCUGCGGCUGGGCAGGGAGCAGCGGCGCUACUCGCUGUGGGACUGCCUCUGGAUCCUGGCCGCCCUGGCCGUGUACUUCGCGGACGUGGGCACCGACAUCUGGCUGGCGGUCGACUACUACCUGCGGGGCCAGCGCUGGUGGUUCGGGCUCACCCUCUUCUUCGUGCUGCUGGGCUCCCUCUCCGUGCAGGUCUUCAGCUUCCGCUGGUUCGCGCACGACUUCAGCACCGAGGACAGCGCCGCCGCCGCCGCCGCGGCCGCCGGGCACUGCCCCGCCGCCGAGAGCAAGCUGCUGGUGAGCAGCGGCUCGGCGGCCGCGGACAUCGACGCCGCUCGCCCCUGCACGCCGCAGCGGCAGGCGUCCACCGCCAGCAAGAGCAACGCCACCAACAGCAGCAGCAACAGCAGCAGCAACGCGGCCGGCAGCGGCGCCGCCGGUCCCCGCGCCGGCGGCGGCAGGUCGGCGUCCUGCGCCUUCUGUGUCUGGCUCCUGCAGUCGCUCGUCCACAUCCUGCAGCUGGGGCAGGUCUGGAGGUAUUUCCACACAAUAUACCUGGGUAUCCGGAGUCGACGGAGUGGAGAGAAUGACAGAUGGCGGUUUUAUUGGAAAAUGGUGUAUGAGUAUGCAGAUGUGAGUAUGCUGCAUUUGCUAGCCACGUUUCUGGAAAGUGCACCACAGCUGGUCCUGCAACUCUGUAUUGUUGUACAGACUCGUACACUCCAGGCUCUCCAAGGUCUUACUGCUGCAGCAUCUCUCGUAUCCCUGGCUUGGGCUUUGGCUUCCUACCAAAAGGCCCUCCGUGACUCCCGUGAUGACAAGAAACCCAUCAGUUACAUGGCUGUUAUAAUCCAGUUUUGCUGGCAUUUCUUCACAAUUGCAGCAAGGGUCAUUACUUUUGCUCUGUUUGCCUCGGUUUUCCAGCUGUACUUCGGGAUCUUCAUCGUGCUGCACUGGUGCAUCAUGACCUUCUGGAUCGUCCACUGCGAGACAGAGUUUUGCAUCACUAAAUGGGAGGAGAUAGUUUUCGACAUGGUUGUUGGGAUAAUCUAUAUCUUCAGCUGGUUCAAUGUCAAGGAAGGAAGGACACGCUGUAGGCUUUUCAUUUACUAUUUUGUGAUCCUUUUAGAAAACACCGCCUUGAGUGCUCUCUGGUAUCUGUACAAGGCCCCGCCAAUCUCUGAUGCAUUUGCCAUACCAGCACUGUGUGUAGUGUUCAGCAGCUUUUUAACAGGCAUUGUUUUUAUGCUAAUGUACUAUGCCUUCUUUCACCCCAACGGACCAAGGUUUGGGCAGUCGCCAAGCUGUGCUUGUGAGGACCCUGCCACUGCCUUCACCCUACCCCCAGAAGUGGCCACAAACACCCUACGGUCCAUCUCCAACAACCGGAGCGUCACGAGCGAGCGGGAUCAAAAAUUCGCGGAGAGGGAUGGGUGUGUGCCUGUGUUUCAGGUGAGACCCACCGCACCGUCCACACCUUCAUCCCGGCCACCAAGGAUUGAGGAGUCUGUCAUUAAAAUCGAUCUGUUCAGGAACAGGUACCCAGCGUGGGAGAGACACGUGUUGGACAGAAGCCUGAGGAAGGCGAUCUUAGCAUUUGAAUGUUCCCCUGCUCCUCCACGGCUACAGUAUAAAGAUGAUGCCCUUAUCCAGGAGCGCUUGGAAUAUGAAACCACAUUAUAAACAAAACAAAAACACGGCUUGAAGAAGCUCCGACAUUACAGUCCAAAUUAAAGGGUUGACAGUAGGGCUGUAGGAAUAACUAAACUGCAUACUACAAGCAGAGCAGCAAGCUGUAGUGUUCUUAGUCUGGCUAUCAUCAUGAUUAUCAUUUGAUCCACUGUGUGCAGUCCGUCUGCAAGACACUGAUACAGCAGCGUCACCUGAAAGCCUCAAAAAAACCCAAACGCUGACCCACACGUACAGAUCAGUUACUGCAGGUGGGGAAACUCACCCAUGACUCCUUGCUGCCAUGAAUCUCUGACUGCACAGUACUCACAAUCAAACCAAUAGGAAGGCUCUGACCAGGGCUUUCAACUUUAGCCAGUAGUGCAUUUAUUUUAGAAAUGAAUGGUUGAUAUUUGCAUAAUCAAUGGCAAAAAUAAACAAACAAAACCUUUUCAAAAAUAACAAAACUGUAGCACACAGUAUUGCUGUUAUGAAAACUCUUUUCUGGGGAAAAAAAUAGGAGCAUAGUAGUCUUCAGCACGCCCAUAGAUCAACCAUUCAGUUUAGAAUAGGUUUGCAAAAUAGUUCUUCAUUAAAAAGAUACAUCGUCAUGUUUGUAAGGCUGUCAAUGGAAAAUAAACUAAAUUCUGAUUAAUUAGGUCAUAAACAUUAGUACUACCAGAACUGUUUGUUUUCUGUGGAAUUUCAAAGUCUUUUUAAAUGCAAUUUAAGUUCUUUAUGUUACUUUCAACAUAAAUCCUAUGCAGCUCACUUCUGGUUUUCAGGAGGAAUAAGGAGCUCUAGCACGUAGUGAUGUAAAUUAAAUGAUAAUCAUGAUUCAGUGUUCAAUUUGCAAAAAAACCAGAAUAUAUAUAUAUGUAAAAGAACAAGGAAGUAUAGUUUUCAUAUUCUAAACUUUUUGGAGGACCCCAUUCAGAUAUUUCAGAAGAAACUACAAGAUGAACACACUGAAACUUCUCUGUUUCGGGACUGAGAAUGCAUGAUUCAGUGUGUGAAUGUAUGCAGGGGUGACAAGAGACUGUGACAUGCCAUACCCUUCUAGUGCCAAACAUUGUAUAACUGCAAGGUUGAUAUUGCCUGAGGGACAGAUAACGAGUGGCACGAGCCCUACCAGAACAAGAAGCAGGAAAGACCAAUCAAGUUGUCAACGUGUAGAGACAGCUCUGAUUUUUCCCACCCGAGGUGAAAGUGAUGUCUUUUAAAGGCUUUCGGCCACCUCUUAGUAAGUAUAUUCACCGAAGUAUAGUAUAAGCAAGUUAUGUGGAAGACCCUCUUCUGCUUGUUCAAGACUUGUGUCCAGAUACGUCUAAAAAUUACGCUGAAUCUCUUGUAAUAGAGUGCUUUUGCUGCAAGCUUUUGGGUUUUAAAUACCUCCCUAAAUCUAGUCAAUGGUAUCCUCCUUUAUGUUAAAAGUAUCCCCUGAUGGUGCUUUCAGAUGCAUUAAAGGUGCAAGUCAAAAUUUGAUAGUAUUUUUUUUAAAGCUGGUGCAGAGUGAAAAACUCAUGAAUUAUUUCAAUAUUUUUGUAAAGUAAAAAUAUGGUAUAAAAAGGUUACUUUUUAUAAACCUCAAAUCUUUUAAUACAUUUCAUUCUCUUUAUAGCUUAGAUUUUAAGAAUUGGUCCAUGAACUUUAUCAACUGGCUUCUGCAGGUUGAUAUAAACCUGGUUUUCACACAUUAUGGGUUUGUUUUGCAGUGUAAUGCCAUAUGAAAGCCUACAUGGGUACUUUUAGAAUACUCUAUAAACCGUGGAUCCUGCUUCAAAUGUAAGUGGCUUGUAAAGACACCAAGCGAUUCCAUAAGAAACAAUUUGCUAUAAUUAUUUCCAUCCAUUUUAGGAGAGUGAAGCAGAACUGAAGAGUUACUGUUGUAAAUGGCAUUGUCAGGAUGGAGAAGACUGAUGAUUGGUAUUGUAAUCUUCACUGUCAGGUAUAUCCAGUGUAGUCACUGCUGUAUAUGCUGCUGGGUAAAUUUCAGUCUUUCCUAUUAUUAAUAUUUGUACUAUGAAAUGGCCAAGGUUACACGCCUGUGUUUAUUUGUAUGCAUUCAAUUAGCCAUUUUUAAUGUUGACUUUUUUUAUUAGCAAAAUGUUCAAUAGCUGUUGUUCUUUGCUGGGGCGAGUUCCUCAAAACAAAACAUCUGUGAAAGUGCAGGAAUCUGCAAGGCAGAGGGAACUUUACACAGAUCCAAAACCACCCGUGCUUCAAGGGUUUCUUAGGUAUUUUCGAAUUAAGCAGUGGCCAGCUGCCUCUAUAAUAAUUUUUUAAAUAAAAUAACUCUUUGAUAGUCCAAACCUGAAGCUUUGUACGAAAUGAUCGCCCUUUCCUCCAUGGAGAUAAUAGCUAAUUAUUGAGAGAAAAGUACUCAUAUUUUGUCAGAAAAUAUACCACUGCAAGAACUGCUAAAAAAGAUUUUGGGAGCAAGUCCUUUGUCCCGUGAAAGCCAGUAGAGCCUUCACUCCAGAAUCAAACACUAGCUCGCACAAGGAAAUUGCUGUUUUUCUUUACAAACGAGGCCAAUGACAAGCUUUGUAAUCCAAGAUGUGAGGGUUUCUUUUGGAAACAGUUCGAUGGGUUUGCUGCUGCUUUAACAACUCAGAAAUUUUAGCAUGAGUGAGGCACGGUGGGCAGCGCUCUCGAGCUCUCACCUCCCUGCAGCACCUCCUAGGGAGAGGGCCAGCAUCGCAGCUGUCAGAGAGGCUUGUCCUCUUCUGAUCUCCCUCUCAACCUGUCUUGCUCUUCCUCGGAGCUGCGAGCCCUUUGGUCAGGGCCUACAGAAUUGAAGAAAUGUUGCUUCAUACAGAAUUUAAAGGGUUAUGGUCUGGACCGGUGCUUGCAUUGCAAGGCUUCUAAAGAAGGUUUGGGUUGAGUUUGUCUGAUUUGCUCUUGUUUGGUUUUGGAAGGAAGGACACAGAGGCGUUAUUUAUCCGUGUGGUUUUUAAUAUCUAGCAUUUACUUUCUUUACUCUCCCAGCAUUUUAAAUUUUUUUUAAUAAUGUUUGUAAAAAUGUUUAUCUUAAGCAAACUACUGCAGGGUUUGACUGCACAGCGCCAUACAUGGCAGUACGUAUACACACCUUGUCUUCAGAAUUCAAUCUGGCUGUUUGAGGAAGGGGGAGAAGUCAUUUUACACCACGUCAAAAUUUGCUCUCCAAAAUCUUGCUCUGUUAAGUUCGUAACAUCAGUGAUACCUGCCCUGAGAACAGGGUGGCCACUGAAAUCUUAACUCUCAGAUGACUACACGGGCAGUUUCUUAAUUUGCAUUGCUGUGAAUAGUGGCAUUAAAAGCUAUAAGUAUUUUUUAUAGAAAUUGUCAAGAUUAAACAUAGUCCAUGUUGAAAUUCCA